UCUCUGCUAUGCCAAACAAUCCCCGGCUAACGAUUGGACUUGAAUUUCUUGAUAUUAUCAGUAAUCAUUGUCAUUCGUCGUGUGUAAAACUCAAUAUAUAUACUGUCAUGAUCAUAAUCCUUAAAAUCUGAUCGGGUCGUUUGAAAAAUGAAGAAUACUACAUGUGAAAAAAACGAGAUAUAAAGGAGAGACUUUCACACAAACGAAAGAGCUCGUGUUUAAAAAUAGGUGGAUAACCCAUAUUGAGCUGUGUGCGUUGGAGUGUCGUGCUCUCUCAGUGUAGUCUGUGUAGUCUCCGUAUAAAAAAUCGAGUAAACGAGGAAAAUAUGGCUUCGAGAGUGACUUUGGCACAAGCCUUAGGUACAGAUGGUAGCGAUUAUAAUCACAGACAAAAAAUCGCAACGCAAUAUCAAAUUAGCGCAAUGAACAAGUCAAGACUGAAUUGCUGUAUAUUUUUUCACUACGUACUGUUUUUCGUAAUGCUAGCAAAAUUAUCAGCGGAUAUAUUGGACCGUUUGGAUAUAUUUAUUUUGGAAAUUGAAGAACUACAGAUACCUCAGCCACUAUGGUGGGAAUACAUAUGGUGUGUGAGUUUGCUGUUGUCUUUUCUGGGUUUAUCAGCUAUUAAAAAAAACAAAAUAAAGACUUUGCAACGAUACAUGAUCGGCAUCGUUGUUUUGGGAUUUGGGCCGCUGUUUUACUCUACCAUCUAUUAUGCGAGUGACGUAUGGACUUACUUGAGCGUGGGUGUAACGGAGGACAUCCACAUGUGGCAGAAUAUGCCAUACGGUCUUUUGUGGUACGGGUUCAUUCUGCUAGCUUUCCAGGUCCACUUUUUCUCGCUACUAUUCUCUUGGAAACUCCUUGUAGCCUGGAAAGCUAGAGGAUCCAGAAAAAUAGAUUAACCGCCAAAGCACAAGUGUUAUUGAUUAAUGGAAUACUAAAGAUGGGAGAAAGCAAAUAAAACUAUCUGCGAAACUUCGCUGUGAUAGAAGGACAAAUGAAAAAAUUUGAAAGGACCAACGACUUGUGCCAUCGGAAGACCAUGGGAUUUUCAAAUCGGUGUACGAAUCUCGCUCCGAGAGUUUUCCACGUCCCUCAAAUACAAGAAUUAUCUGUGUUUCCUGCCGGACGUUCGAAUUCACAUUUUUCGAAAUAAAUUCUAUAAAUGUU